CAGCAUCAUUUCGCAAGCGACCCCACUCAUACAGACAUAUCCUUCCACAGUCUCUCCCUCCUGAGAACCGACACAACAACACACACACACGUUUCUCUCUCACUCACAUGGCACAUCAUUGUUACCCUCAUUGCACAUCGUCGUGAUGAUAGCAAGCGCAGGUUCGGCCGUGGGCUCCGAAGUGUUUUGGGCGCUCGCGCUUCUCGUCCUUUCCAUCCUCGUCCUCCUGAUCCUCCGCUUCUACCUCCCUCUCCGGAGCACUCCAGCCUUCGUCCUUGUCACCGUCUUCUUCGCGCUAUGGCUACCAGCUGGAAUCGUCCUGCUCGUGCCCAUAGAUCUGGCGUCGAGCGCCCAGACCGAUGACGAGGCGACAAGAGGCAUCUGGCUGCCCCAGAGGGUCGUCCAGACAUGUUGGCGCAUCGCCUACUGGCUCACAUUCGUGCUCACAUGGUUCACUCUCCCCAUCCUUGCCGAGUACUCCGACGCCGGUUAUCGAGAACCCAAGGGCAAGUUGAUGUACUCGUUGCGGUCCAACGCCCAGUACUACGCCAUGAUCUUUGGCUUCGGAAUACUCGCAUUUGUCUACGUCCUCGUUUCCUACGGCAUCCACCUCGAUUCUCUCAAGAGUCCCGUCAUGGCCCUUGCGUACUGCUGGGGUUUGGUGUUGGCUAUCUAUCUCAUGGGCCACGGCCUCGUGUCCAUCCCUCGAAGUCUGAUCCGCAACGCCAGCAUCAGCGGCCGGCUUCGCCGGUUACAACAACAAGCGCCCAAGUUACACGAGCAGAUGGAGGAUGCAGAGACCGCACUCGAAGAGCUGGAGAACCAGGUGGCCGAGUUGAGCCGGCGCAAGACCGGGACUGCCCUGGACUUCCAGGACUGGAUCGAGGAGCUGAUGGACCUCACAAACCUUCCCGAGGCACAGCCGAGACCACAGACGGCCAUCGGUGCAGCUGCCACCAGGCGUGUCCCCACUGUCAUCACCGAGAAAUACAUGGCGGAGCUCACAAGAGCGCUCAACAGGGCGCGGCAUGCGCGAUCGCGCUACGUCAACGAGUGGAACAGACUGCUGCGGGACGCCGCCAAGGCGCAGGCUAUCCUAGACUGCGGACCCUCCAAGAAGCUGGACUUUGGUCGCGCUGCGCCCCAUGCUUCGUGGUGGGAGCGUCUGACCAUCCUGACACCCUACACGAGAUAUCUCCUUCACUUUCACGUGAUGCCCACGGUGAGACUGGGUUUUGGUGGUCUGCUAGCCCUGGCCUCAGCUUGCAUUAUCUGGUCCGAGAUUGUCAAGGCAGGGCCAGCCGCACUUGUCAAACUCUCGGUCAUCCGCGUGAGUGUGGUGCAUCACUGGACGGGCGACAAGGGACAGGUUGGCUUUCCUGGCCAGCUCAUCGCAGCGUUAUGGCUAAGCUAUAUGUGCGCUGCCGCGCUGAUCUCCAUCACCGAGGUCAAGGUCUGGCGUGGUCGGGCCCUGGUCUGGCGCAACACUGCCCAUGAGUCCGCAUUCUGGUACGCCUCGUACGUUGCGAGGCUCAGCGUGCCCCUGGCAUACAACUUCAUCACGUUCCUCUCCAGGGACAUCUAUGAGAAGACAACAUUUUACGACUUCCUCGGUCGUUUGAUUGACCUGACGUCUCUGGGAAGCUGGUUCAACAGGCUCUUCCCGUUGUUCAUCCUCCUCCCCGUCUGCGCCACCCUCUUUGGCCUGUACGGCAAGGUGAAGCGAACAAUUGGUCUGGCAGAUAUCAUCGACGAGGAUGAAGAGAAUGAAUUGGGUGCCUACGGUUCAGGAAACUGGCGUGAGGGUCGGGACCUGAUCGAGCGUGAGCUGAACGGGACGUCCAUUUCGAGGUCACUGCCAGGCGCGGCGGGAUCCGGAGACAGGUCUGCCGCCCCCAUCCGAUCGAUUCCCAGCGCCCCGAACCGGAUCGGCAGCCCCUCCACCCCGCUGGGAAUGAGGCUCGGCCCGAGGCAGCAGCGCGGUCUGGACCCCGAGGGGGACGAGGAGGACGAUGACAACUUCUUCACCUCCCUGGGGACCCGGAUCAAGAACACGGUGGACACGAUCGAUACGCCCAAGUGGCUGCAGGAGAUCACCAAGAAGCCGAAAUGGAUGGACAACGAAGGUAAUAAUCAUCAUGAGCGGGGGGAAUCGCGUUGGUUUGGUGGCAACGGCGGAGAUGGUAGGAUCCGAUUGUAA